UCGCCACACAAGCGAAUAUAAAGGAUAGGACUGUUGACAACACGAGUUGAAGCAGUGCCGUCAGUGUACAUUCGUGGCCAAACACAUGUGUAGUACAAUAUAUUCUGCACUAAAAAGUAAGCAGUAGAUUUUAGUGCAGAGGUUAAAGAAAACCUGAAAUGACAUUCGGUUUUGUUGUUGAAGGUAUGUGUAUCAGGGUCUGUGCAUUUUCUCUUGUGAUGGGGAUGCUGCUGCUUCCAUCUCAGAUUGAAUCAGUAGCAGUGAUGAGCGUGGACCUUGGCAGUGAGUGGAUGAAGAUUGCUAUUGUUUCGCCUGGAGUACCUAUGGAGAUAGCACUGAAUAAAGAAUCUAAACGUAAGACUCCUGUGACUAUUGCAUUCCGUGAUGGGGAACGUACAUUUGGCGAAGAUGCUGCAACUAUUGGAGUACGUUUUCCAAAGAACAGCUACAGUUAUCUGCUGGAGCUUCUAGGUAAAAGUGUGGAUAACCCAGUUGUACAACUUUACAAACAGCGGUUUCCAUACUACGAGAUUGUUCCAGAUUCAGAAAGAGAUACAGUUCUAUUUCAGCAUGAUAGUGAGACCUUAUAUAGCCCAGAAGAAUUGUUGGGAAUGCUGUUACAUUGUGCCAGGGAAUUUGCUCAAGAAUCUGCACGUCAACCCAUCAAUGAAGCAGUUUUAACAGUUCCUGGAUUCUUCAACCAGGCAGAAAGAAGAGCUUUGUUGAAAGCAGCAGAGCUUGCUGGGCUAAAAGUCCUGCAACUCAUGAAUGACUACACAGCAGUUGCUCUUAAUUAUGGCAUAUUUCGUCGAAAGGACUUCAAUGAAACUGCUCAGUACAUCAUGUUCUAUGAUAUGGGUGCUACCAGCACAACUGCAACCAUUGUUAGUUAUCAGCUGGUGAAGACAAAGGAGAAAGGAUAUGUGGAAACUAAUCCACAGCUUUCCAUAAUUGGAGUUGGGUAUGAUCGUACUCUUGGUGGACUAGAGAUGCAAUUAAGACUGAGGGAUUUCUUGGGAAAGAAAUUUAAUGAAAUGAAGAAAACUUCAAACGAUGUGUUUAAAAACCCCAGAGCACUCGCAAAAUUAUUCAAGGAAGCUGGAAGACUUAAGAAUGUCCUAAGUGCCAAUGCCGAUCAUUUUGCUCAGGUAGAAGGUCUUCUAGAUGAUCAAGACUUUAAACUUCAGGUGACACGAGAAGUGUUUGAGACUUUGUGUUCUGAUCUUUUUGGUCGUGUUAAGGGUCCAGUUGAUCAGGCGCUCAAGGCAUCAGGACUCACAUUAGAUGUGAUUAACCAUGUGAUCCUUGUGGGUGCAGGUACAAGAGUUCCAAAGGUCCAAGAAAAAUUGAGUGAGGCAGUUGGUAUGGAACUAGGUAAGAGUAUCAACACAGAUGAAGCAGCAGCCAUGGGUGCUGUAUAUAAAGCUGCUGACCUCAGUAAUGGCUUCAAAGUCAAAAAGUUUCUCACCAAAGAUGCAGUUCUAUUUCCCAUUCAGGUUGUGUUUGAACGAGAUGUGGAAGGGUCUUCCUCUCCAAAACAUGUUAAAAGAACACUUUUUGGAUCAAUGAACCCAUAUCCACAGAAGAAAAUCAUCACAUUUAACAAGCAUCAAAAUGAUUUUUCAUUCCAUGUUGGCUAUGCAGAAUUGGAUCACCUCUCUAAUCUUGAAAUGCAAGCUCUGGGACCUCAGAAUUUGAGCAAAGUAGAACUGAAAGGUGUGGCAGAGACACUGGCCAAACAUCAGGGAACUAAUGUGGAGUCAAAAGGCAUCAAAGCUCACUUUUCUGUGGAUGAGAGUGGACUUCUGAACCUAACUAAUGUGGAACUGGUUGUGGAAAAGACAUUAACGGAGGAAGAACUAGCGGCUCAAGAAGAAUCCCCUCUAUCAAAGUUGGGCAGUACUAUCAGUAACUUCUUUACAGGUUCAGAAGAAAAGAAAAACGAAAAAGUAGAGGAGAAACCACCAACUGAAGAAGAAGAAGAAAAAAAGAAACAAGAGCCAGAGAGGAAAGAAGGAAAGACAGGUGAUGAGAAAAAGGAUGAAAAACCAACACAGCAAGGUCAGGACGGAGAGACAGAAGAAAAUAAAAAAGCAGCAGCUCCUGAUGAAGCAAAGAAUAUAACAAAGGCAGGAAGUAGAGAGAAGAAACCAAAGGUUGUAGUAAUUAAAGAGGUCAUUACUUCAGUAGAAAAGAAGUUAGGAGUGCCUGAACUCAGUGGAAACUUAUUUGAAAAUGCUGUUAUGAAAAUCGAAGCUUUAAAUGAAUUUGAUAGACAGAGAAGUCGAAGGGAAAGUGCACUGAAUGCCUUAGAGAGCUUCGUGUUUGAUGCCCAAGGAAAACUGUGGUUAGAUGAGUACAAAGCAGCAGCAACUGAAGAAGAAAUGGAGAAAAUCAAGAAUGCAUGUUCUGAAGUGUCAGACUGGCUUUAUGAUGAGGGUUCAGAUGCUGAUGCAGCAGCAUAUGAAUCAAAGCUGAAUGAACUGAAGACGUUAACAGGCCCAUUGUAUUGGCGAGUGAAGGAGCAUGCAGAGAGACCCGAGGCAUUAGCAGCUCUUCGUUACAUGAUCAAUGGCAGUUUAAAUUUUCUUAACAAUGCAAGGAAUAUGACCACAGAGAGUCCUGAAGGCUUUUUCACCCAAAUAGAACUUGACACACUGGAGAAAACCAUCAAGGAAACUGAGGAAUGGAAAACUGGGAUGGAAGAGGAACAAGCGAGGUUACCUCUUUCUUCUGCACCAAAGUUGACAGUGAAAUCUAUCACAGAUAAAAUGGCUGUUCUUGACAGAGAGGUAAAAUAUCUGGUCAAUAAGGCUAGAAUAUGGAAACCUAAGAAACCAAUUGAUGACAUAGUUAAAGAUACUGAAAAGAAUGAAACAGAUGGAGAAGUUCCUAAAACUGAAAAACCAGAAACAGAGGAGGAGAAAAGAGAGUCUGAAGAAACACGGAAAGAUACUGAAGAACCUGUAGUGGAAGGAGAGGAGAAUGAAGGUGAAACUAUAGAAGAGGCAGAACCAAUGUCACAACCUGAAGAACCCACAUCAGGCCUUCCAGAAGACAGCGUAUCACAGUCUGAUGGUGAAGAUGAGACCAAAACCCACACAGAACUAUAACAACAAAUUCUGUAGGUGUUAUUACAAUUGUUCUCGAAACACAUUGCAAACUCUACCCUGAUACACAGAAUGGGAAGUACAGUACUUGCUGCUGCAGUGUGUGGCCAAGUUUUAAAAUCUGAAAAGCAUAAAUUUCUGUAAAAAGAUUUACUGAACUGUGCAAAUGAAUAUAGAAAUAAGGACUUCAGUGAACAGAGUUUGCAUGGAUGAAUAAAAAAAGGUGGGCUGCAAAUUGCAUAAAACAAGGUGAGGAAAGAGAAGGGCAUAUGUUUUCUGUGCAGUGUUUUCAUGGUGUAGAUAUUCCGAUACCUGGGGAUGUGAGACAGUUGUAAUUAGUUUGGUUACAAGGUACAUUUCAAUGGUGGUACUUAACUGUGACAUCAAUGAUAAGAAAUGUAAUUAUUUAUUGCAGAAUGUGAUGUGUUUGCAAAGACGUACAAAAACGUUUAAUUUUCUGAAUUGUUUGAUUAACAUGUUAGUAUUUGAAGACAAUGAUGUUGCACUUUUCUGAUUCAAAAUUUAUGUUUAUGUUAUUAAGACUACUGCUGGCAGUUGUUUUGUAUUUUUAAUACAUUAGUAUAUAACAUAAAAACACGAAUCCUAGUUGCGAGUUCAAAUCUCGCUCAACAGCACAGAUGUUGUUGUGCAAUUUUUCUUCACAUUUUAUCACAACCUGUUACCUGUCCCACAACAUUUUAAAUUUAAGAAAAGGAACAAUUUAAACAUAUUAUUGGCCAAAAUAAUUAAUGGUGUAAAUCUGUAUUUGAGUGCCACAUGUAACAUGGAAAUAUUUACUUGCUUAUCAUGAGCAUCACAUGAAUCGCAUUACAUUCUGCAGAACAAUAGAACAGAAAUUUGGCAAACUUAUAAUGUUUAUCACUGCCUCUUUAACAAUAGUUUGAUGUUUUCAUGCAUUUACAGUAAACAUUUAAACUGGGAAAGCAUUAUUUUUGUCUACGAGUUGUUCAGUAAAUAACUGGGCACAAUAAAAAUUUGUAUUAACCUUUGGUUUAUUGAAAAGAACUCGCCAUUGCUCAUAUGACACUAGUCCCAAGGUCUUGCUAAUGAGCUGAUACCAUUUUUAUACAAAUAUAAUAUGAUAACUUCAGUUGUAACUAGUUGUAAAAUCAAAUUAAUUAAUGGCUUCAUGUGCCAAAUUCUAUUCUGUGGAAAGGGAUGUUGUUAAAUUGGCAGAAUCUGAAAGGAAAUAGCAAAAUGAGGUGUCAGAAAAUAUAAUAGACUUGGAAAACCACCUAAGUGAAACAUCCUCAGCGGUCUACAUUGCUUAUGUUAAUAUAUCAGAAGUGUAGCUUUUCUGUGGAUAGUAUUUAUUUGUAUGAAUUAUUUUGAUAUGUGCUGUGAUCAGCCAUGUCACUAUGGGUGAUCAAUAAAGAAGACUUUACUGUGUUAAUUUGCCAUGAAAGCUUCAAAUGUUAUUCAGGUAGUUGAAUUCAUUCCUAACAAAUUAAUAGAAAGUGACUUUUCCUGUCUUGUUUUGAAAUAAAUGAAGAAAGUAUAGAUGGUGGUCUUCUGUUUUGUCACACCACUUCAGCACUGAAGAUGUAGAUAGUAUGUUCUACAAAAUAUUGGUAUACAAUGAAAAGAAUAAAUGCAACAACAGUCCAGAAAACCAUCUACACUCACGUCACAGUGGAAAUCUUGAUUCCUACAGGUUAAAUAAAUGUUAUGUUAUUGCACUAUUGCUACAAGGCGUCUGUCUUCAUGUGUUUAUGUACGUGUGCACUUGCACACGUAUCAUCACACCGAUAAUAAGAUAUCAGUAACAUUUUCACACAGUCUGUAAUACUUGAAUUAGUGUGUCCAGAUCUAAUUUUUAUCUUAGGGGAUGUUAGUUUCACCCCUUCUUUACCUUUAUCAUAUGGAAAAAUGCAAUUUAAACCCACGUACUACUGGGGCCGCCAACUGGACUUUAACUCCAUGGUUAACGGUUUAGCAUUAUGCUGGUGUGGCACAUGUAAAACUGGACUGCACACACAGGACGCGACGCAAGGACGAUAAAGAUUAAUAGCCCUAUUCAUAUUUUUUUAAUUUAGUAUUAUGCUACAUCUGUAUUAUGUGACAUCUUGUGUUUACAAGAAUGUACAUUUUUAAUAUAAUCAUAAAUAAGAAACAGGAGUUUAAGUGUUGCACCAUGCAGUCCUGGUGGUUAUCAUUGAUGGACACUGUUAGUAUUACACGAAUUAGAAUUGUUACAAGCACUUGGCAAAUCAUAUGUGGAAAAUACAGUUGCAUUUAUGGCUUGUGUGUGCAAAUUAUCUUACUUGGUUUCUGUUCCAGGGGUACAGUGUAUAAACUUGUCAGGGGAAUGUAUUUUACUGUAGUUUACAAUUAACUGUUUAACUUUUUUUUACAUGCACACAAAAAUGUUCAUCUUACAUUUGAGUUCUCAAGGUAUUGGACUUUGAAGUGAAACUGUCUCCUAAAUCUGCUAACUUCAAGAUUGUUGAAUCAAAUCAAUUCUCAAUAAUAAAUUUAUGUUAUUGUGUGGUAAUUAUUAUGGCUGCAGAAAGGUUGCAAUAAGAGGAAUUACCCUUAACAUAUAUUGAAAUAGUGUUUGAUUUAGAUAAAAUGUGAUGUUAUCAACAAGUAAAGACUUAUUUGGUGAAAAAGAUCAGAACACCAUUAAUAAAGUUCCAAAACGACA